AUGCAAGAGUGGUGUACAAUAGAGUCUGACCCAGGAGUAUUCACUGAGCUCAUAAAUGCAAUUGGAGUUUAAGGGGUUUAAGUUGAAGAGAUUUAUGAUCUAAAUGAUGAAUAAUAGAUGGCCUAGAUGCAACCCAUUUAUGGAUUCAUAUUCUUAUUCAGAUGGACAAGCAAAGGCGAAAAAAGAGAGUGUCUUAAAAUUUAUGAUCAAGAUCUCUUCUUUGCCAAUUAAGUCAUCUAAAACGCAUGUGCAACUUAAGCCAUCAUCUCCAUUUUAUUAAAUUCCCCUUAAAUUGAAAUUGGAGAAGCGCUUAAAAAUUAUAAAGAAUUUACUAUUGCUCUGGAUCCUAAGGAAAGGGGAAAUUGUCUAGGAGGUGUUGAAGUGAUAAAAACAGCUCAUAAUAGCUUUGCUAGACCUGAACCCUUCAUUUUCUCAAAUGAAAAGAAGAAGGCCAAAGAAGGUGAUGAUGUCUUUCAUUUUGUUUCUUAUCUUCCCUUCAAAGGAAAAGUGUACGAAUUAGAUGGUCUCUAAGAAGGACCAAUCUUGAUUGGUGAAUAUCAGGAUGAUUGGAUUGUUAGAGCUAAAGAAGCCAUCUUAAAAAGGAUUUAACAUUACUAAGAAAAAGAAACAGCUUUUACUUUGUUAGCUGUCAAUUAAUGCAGAAAAUUCAAAGCAAACAAAAUUCUAUCAUCAUCGUAAAAUGAAAUAUUAUUGAUUCUCAAAACCUUAGAUUUUAUGGGUGUGGAUUUAUCUGAAGAAUAAAAACAAUAGUUAAUUGAACUAUCAAAUUAAUAAAAUAUUGAAUAAGAACUGCUCCAAGAAUCUAAAGAAGAAUUAUUAAUUAGAUUAAAUAAUGCCAAUAACAGAAUUUAAGAAGCUUAAAUUAUUCUGAGUGAAGAAAAUGCCAAGUUUUAAAAAUAUAAAGAAGAAAAUUCCAGAAGGAAACAUAAUUAUAUUCCAUUCAUUUUGGAACUUUUUAAGAUGGCUUAAAGAAAAGGUUAACUUGAAGGAUUGUUAGAGAAAGCUUAACAAAAAUAAUAAUAAAAGUUGCAGCAAUAACCAAAAAAAUGAUAUUUUGAAUUUUAUAAUAUGAGCAAUAUAUAUUUUGAAAAUUUAUUUUGAUUGCUUAA